UCUGCAUGAUGAUCAUCAUUUCAAUGAAACUUCUUUUAACACUGUGUUUUGGCUGCUUAGCUACAGAUCCCAAAAAUUUAAGAGUCAUCCAAACACCAACAAAUAUAAAUCUAUCAGUUGGAGACUACACUGAAAUCACCUGUAUUUGGGAAAAAGCUGUUGAGAGGUGUAGAGCAUGCUGGUAUUUUGUUAAUCAAGUGAACAUCACUAAAAGUAUAUCAUCAAAACUUCUUUAUUUGUCCAACAUCACCCAUGAAAGCAAGGAUGUGCUCGUCAUCAAAUCUGCCAAUGUAAAUGACACUGGAUUUUACUACUGUGAGAUCAUUAUUGAAAUACCUUUCCUUAAAAAACUACGUGGCAAUGGGACAACAGUGAUUGUUGAAGAGAAAGCAGCUCACUCACUGAGAAGGAGAUAUUUGGAAUCAUGGGCCAUCCUUCCUUUUUUAGUGGCAGUGGGAAGCUUGUAUCUUUGCUACAAAAAGAAAAAGUACUCCACUCUAUCUGGAGGGCAAGAGCAGGAGCAGAGACUCGAGGUGGAAGAGCUUCAUGGGAGAGAUGAAUCCACCAGGGAAGCAGCUGAGGAAAACUCAUCAUCUAAUUCUGCUGAAUGGGCUGUGUCUCUGCUUUAUGAAUCACUUGAAAUUUUAUGCAAUGAAUCAGGAGGAAAAGAUGACAAAUCCACUGCAACUAUUGUGUCUAAUGGAGAAGAUGAGCAAAUCCCACAAACUAGGGCAGCUGAAAAGUCUGGAAUGAGACAAGGAUCUGCCAUCUACUUUGACAUUCAGAACUAA